AUGGGUCGGAGGAUGACAGUAGCGAAGAAGAAAGAUGAGGCCGCCGAGUUGAUGCGAGAACUGGAAAAGAUCAAGAAGGAGAGACAAGAACAGAAGGAAAAAGAAGAGCGCGAACGCGCUGCUGAAGAGGAAGAGAAACGGGAAUAUGAUAUUGCCAAAGGAAACCCGCUGCUUAACGCUCAGGACUUCAACUUGAAACGCCGCUGGGAUGACGACGUGGUCUUCAAAAAUCAAGCCAGGGGAACCGAGGAUAAGAGAGGAAAGGAGUUUGUCAACGUAAGCUUGCCCAGCUUGGUCGUGUUGACUUGGCGCUAA